UUAGUAUCAAUUUUUCAACUGGGCUUUAAGAACCAACCGAAGGAGCCGAAUUGUUUUUGUUUGUGUUAUAGAAAAAAAAAAGGAUAAAAUGCAAUCACAGGUUACAAAUUAUACAAAAACAGAAAAAUACAUGACACAUCCGUAUCCCUGUGACAGAACUUCGACUCCGAAACUAAAACGAAAAAACCCAUCCCAAAAUGGCGAUAAACAAUACGAAAAAUUCUACAUUCACCUCAUCGAACCGGCGGUACCUCAAAAAUUAUCACUGAAAGGCUCGUUGAACUCCAAAACGGAUUUAAUUUCAGGACAUUUAGUAUUUAACGUGAAAAACAAAGAUUUAAAUGGGAAUAUAUUUUCGGCAAGAAGAAUUAAAAUUACCCAAAACGUUGAUUUGUAUGAGGAAAAUAUAACUAUGGACGUACAGUUUUUGGAAGAGUUGAAAAAUUUACCGGAAGAAGAGGUGAAGAAACAGGCGAAAUUUGCGCGAAUGUUAAGAAAAAUGUUGGUUGAAAGUAAACUCAAAUGGUUGAGGAAUGUUGGGUUUUUACGAAAAAAGAAAAUGGAAAAUUUUGGAACAUACGGCCAAAAUAUUGAAGUGUACUAAAUAUAUUUUAUUGUAUUGUUUUAUUGAAUUUUGACAGGUCCUGCAGUGCGGGACACUGUUUUUUAAUUUAUUUUUUUAUUAAUUGUUAUAAUUGACUUUAUUGUAUUUACGAUGUAAAAAACAAUAUAUUUACAACUAUUUAAUGUAUUUAUUUAAAUUAUGAUAGACUGUUUUUAUUAAUAAAUAAAUUGUUAUGUAGACAGAAAUUCUUGUAAGAAUAAAUAUUUUAUUGUUUA